CGCCUCAACCUCGUCCCGGAUGCGUUCAGGUGGGAGCUUUAGAAGACGAGUUGCUCCCUCGCAUUUCCAUCAGAAAAGGGGGAGCGACUCGCAGCAGACGUGCGACUAUUUGGCGCCUCUCCCUGUGCAGCUGAAGCAAGCAAUAUGAGCCCAGAUAACGUCUAAAUACUGCACUGCUGAUAUUUGGCACGAUCUGAUUGAUGGGCUACUUGUUGAAAGGUAGGCUCGGUCUGAUCAUGUCGACGACUCUCCUCAGUUCUCGGGCUGCGAGCUGCCACAUACUGCCUUGCUAUGCUUACUAUUACCCAAGUUCACAUAGCAGGGAUGUCUGACGGUCGUCAUACUACUGUGGCGCCCACCAGCUGCCAGGAAGACGUUGAUGCUCGCGCUAUGCAGGAUGCGAUCGCGCUCGUUCGCUACCAUCCUGCUCUCGGUUCGUUCGUCGUCCUGUCCCUAAGGGUGUCCUCGUCGCCUCGCAAUCAUGUUCGCGCUCGGGCCAGCACAAGGAUCCGAACACGACUCCCGCCCACGUUCCUCGCUCUCCUUGCCAGCUGUCGCUAGUCUGCUCUCCGGAUCUCCGGCUCUUUGUGCAACUUUUCUCGCUUUGCUGCUUCAGCGAAGCAUAUACUUUC